GCCGGCAGUGGUCGGUGGUAGUCUACAUCCAGCGUUUUCUGAGCACAGCGUGUGUGUGAGCUGUGUGCCGGUGUUGUGUGUUGUAUCUGUAUCGUACUGCACUGUGUGACACGUCUCCUAAUGUACUCUCUUCCUCAUGGUUCAUACGACGUUGUUCCUGGUCGUUCCUUUCGCGGCUCCAGAAAAGAUGCUUUGGUGGCUAUAAAGUACAACUUCAAACCCGACAGCAUUGACAACACCAAGCAAGGCCAACUCGACAAAAACAAGGACAACACGUUUACCCUGCAACUGCCGUCAUCAUCCGAUCCCCAAGAAUGCCAUUCGUUCCAGGGCCAGGCACAGCAGGCCCGGAACGUGGACUGCGUGCUGACAUUCGAUCCAGAAACACAGACGUUCACGCUUGAUCAUCUCGACAGCGUGAUUCGCUUCAAUGCCCUCCGUAACCGCGCGAAAUCGACGCGAGUAAAGAGCGGCACUUCCGGCGGUAAUGGCUCUUCUGCCGACGAGAACGACAACACCACCCUGGCUCUGCCCACCCCGUCGUCCACAGGUGUCAUAUCUCCCACAAGCACAGGGGCCAGCACACCUAGCACCACGGGUCCUGCUGCUGCUGACGACACAGGGGCAUCCGGCUCCUCCCCACUCAACUCGCAACCUCACUCGGCUACUCCCAUCCAAGUGCCGGACACCUACCCCACCGCUGCCCCCACCGCCAUAUCACCUCCCCCCGCUUCUCGCAGACCCUCAAGCCAUGACACCGGGGCUGCAGCUCCACUUCGAUCGUCCGCCAGUACUCGUGGGGGUCGUGGGGGUCGUGCUUCGGCAGCAGCAGCAGCAGCAGCAGCUUCGCGUGUUGUUGAAGAUACAAACACCAUUGAGAUCAUCCCGAACGGCGAUGAGGAAGAGGAAGAGUCUGAGCUCGACGAUUUUGCUAAGGAGCUUGAGAGUGGUCUAGCGCAGGAUUUCCAUGAGAUCCCCGCUCCUACCUCACAACCGCCUACCGGCAAACCCAUCAGUCUACGGAAUCUUUCCCGCGGCUCAUCCGCCAGAAGCUACUUUUCCGACAACUCAAGUAGCUCUGAGGAAGACUAGAAAAACAAGCAUCGACGACGGCGACAGUACGGCAGAGACGAGAACAGAAGCAGGAAACGUUGGCCAUUACAAACAGGCAAAACGGCGUCUUCCCAGCAACAACGCUCACUUCCGUCCCAUCGUCACCUUCAUCCACCCUCACGCAAACCUAAUUUCAGUUUUUUACUUUCUUAUUCAACACAUCAACUAUUAACGAAUAAUAUAUUAUAUCACUAUUCAAUAAGCUGC